AUGAGGAAAGCUCUGAUUGCUGCCGUAUUGGUUGCGGGGGUCCUCCCCCACUUACCGACGAUCCAUGCUGGUCCAUCCGGUCAUGACAAGGACUACCAACCAAGACCGACAAAGAAAGGGCACGCUCCACCCCCUCAGAAGAAAGGAGAAACCGUGGUGAAAGAGAUCAUCGAGGUAUCCAAGCUACCACCUGCCCCCCAGAAAGCACCACCUGUCUGCAUAGUACCAAGUCUUCUCGGAAUACCCUCGGUCAAUUCUUGUCGUGAUCUCGGCAUCGUCGGAUCCAUCCCUGGCUCGACCGUAGUACUCCAAGAAGAGUACCAGGGAUGUGACUUGCUGGAUGACUUGUCCUGCGACGAUGGUUCCGGUCAGGGUCUUGAGGUCUACCGGCAGAGGCUCCAAAAGCAAGGAGGAACAGCAACUUCCGUAUAUAUGCCGCAAGGCGUGGGUCCUUGUUUGCGAGUGGAAAGACUUCCAGACAGUCUGAGGGUUACCUCCGGCUUUCGUGGAGAAAUUGUGUGUUGUCGUCCGAUAUGCAAGCCAACAACUACUACGACAACCACGACGACAACAACAACAACUACUACUAGCACCACCACCACCCAAGAAGCUCUCUUGCCUCUAGAAGAGGACAAGGCGCCUCAGCAUGUGCCGACAUACACGACCACUCCAGCGCCAGUGUUCCUGAGCCAGUCGGGCCAGGGUAUGAACGAGUCGCUUCAAAUAUCUCGCGCCGCCGCUUUUGGAGAGAUGUGCGUCAUGCCUCAGUUCCUGAAUCUUCCGCGAGUGGCAACAUGCGCUGAUCUACGAGAUAUUUCCAUGUCGACAAGUUACGUAUUCCUCACAAAUCAAAAAGCGAUUGACUGCCAGUGGGUCGAAGAUGUGGGCUGUGGCCCCGAGUACCCAGGCCUGGGUGCUUUUUUAGACGCUGGAACUCCCGACAGCACAUGCUUGGCUGUGAGACAAGACGUCUGCAACGUAAGCAUUGUGGGCCCCUACCCCAUUCUAAGUCGUCAUUUGAAGGGUGCGUGCGCUGCGCACAAAGGAAAAGAAUCUCAUUCAAUGAUGCCCGUUACGAUGAUGAUGCCAGUCCAAGGCGGAAAGAAAGGCGGGCACCACAGGCGGUUGCAGGCUGAGAGCUCUGAUGUGCUCGACACUGCGGAUGAGGUAGCCUAUGGAGGACUGCUUCAUCAAAACGCGGACGAGGACUACAUACUGCAGACAGGCCUUGAGGACAUAUUUCCAGAUGUAUCCAACUCCGAAGAAGAAAAUGCUCUGACCUUCUCUGGCUCUGCGGAACUCCCUGAUGUGCCUGACGCGUCAGCCACUAACAGAGGCCUUGGCAAAGGAGCUCCCGCGAAGGGGAAAGGGAAAGGCGGUGGUGUGUCAGACACACUUGUCGUAUGUUGCCGUUUGCAGUGUUUCGGGGCUGGCACUGCGGCUGCCUCUUCAGCCUUGUCGUACAGCCGCCAGACAUACCAGCAACAGCAACAGGCAGUAGCCAACGCGGCAUACGCUCAGGGAUCCUCACAGGCGGCUGGAGGCCAGACGGGACAAGCACAGGCCAACUUCGGAUAUGCCACCGGAUAUGGAGGAACGCCACCUGGUGCACGAGGCGGAUCCAGGGCUGCGGGCAGUGUCCCAUCAUUGGGAAACUUCGGAAUUGCUGGAACUCCCGCUAUCCAGAAUCAAUCUAAUCUCCCAGUCGCAAAUGGCUCAGCCGGUAGCGAUCUGUGUGACCAGCGAUUCGCGCAAAUUUGCUCUCUGGCCUCGCCUCUACGUGGAGAGAGAAUCAUCUUCGACCAGAGAUGCGCUGGUGCGACGCCGUUGCCCGGAUGCUACGCAGGCGGUAUUUCACCUUGCUGCAGGAGCGUGAGCAAGUUUGAGCUCAUUUAG